AGAAGAGAAGCCGAGAGAGCUGACAGCAGAGCAGGGAGCAAAACACAUCACGUUAGAUGCGUUAGAUUACUGAAUUAAUCCCACGGUCUGAAAUAUUGUACCAAAUUCCCAGCCAUGGAGUUGUCUGAAAUACUGUACAACAAAGCGGAGUACAUCGAGACGGCUUCUGGCAACAAAGUCAGCAGACAGUCAGUGCUAUGUGGGAGUCAAAACAUCGUACUCAAUGGCAAAACUAUUGUCAUGAAUGACUGCAUAAUCAGAGGCGACCUGGCUAAUGUCAGGGUGGGCAGACACUGUGUGGUAAAGAGCCGGAGCGUCAUUAGACCACCUUUUAAAAAGUUCAGCAAAGGAGUGGCGUUCUUCCCGCUGCACAUCGGGGAUCACGUCUUCAUUGAGGAGGACUGCGUGGUCAACGCAGCACAGAUUGGUUCCUACGUCCACAUUGGGAAGAACUGCGUCAUAGGUCGUCGCUGUGUGCUGAAGGACUGCUGCAAGAUCUUAGACAACACUGUGCUCCCUCCUGAGACCGUGGUGCCGCCUUUUACUGUCUUCUCUGGGUGCCCAGGUCUGUUUUCAGGAGAGCUCCCAGAGUGCACCCAGGACCUGAUGAUUGACGUGACCAAGAGUUACUACCAGAAGUUCCUGCCGCUCAGCCAGAUCUGAGUCCUGGCCCCAAAACCCUCAGCAGGAUCCGCACCUUUUCCAGCCACUUCUAGGUCGAGGUCUCUCAUCAGACUGAAAUGGACUCACAUUCUAUCCUUCUGCUCCCAGAGGCCUCGAGUUUCUCUGCCCAAGGACAAACAUUUGGUCCUGUUAAGAGUCCUUAUGUGAUUUUAGGUUUUGAGUAUGAGAAAAAGCACAUAGUCAAAUCAGAUAAAGCUGCAGAAGGCAAUUUUCUCCAUCUGCAGCUCCAAAUUGUCUUAAAUCCAGAAAUCCUAUUAGGUGUCGUUACUAAACUGCACAUAGCAGGCUCAUGUUUACCAUCCCAGCCAGUCAGAGAUAAAAUCCCUCAAUAUUUUUUGAUAUUCUAAUAAAGCAUGUUCAUGUAGUCUGGAAAGCGUGCUGGGGAGAAACUCAAAGACCUCUGUGUGGCUGCUGCUGAUCAUAAUCUUGGCUCUCUGCCAACAGCUGUAGGUGAAGAUCAGGAGCUAUGAGAUGAAGGAAGUGAAGGUAUGAGAACGCAGCUUGUAAUAUACUGUAUGACACCCAUGGACCAAAACAAUAACAACAAUCAUUGUGUUUGAGGACUUUGGCCGUACAUGCGCAUUAUUAAUGUCCACAGUUCAUCUGGACAUCAGAGCAGCACCCUCAGAUCAACAAUUUGUGACAGCUAUUCUGUUGUUGUAGUCUCUUUAAUUUUGUUUUUAGUGUGUAUUUGUUUGCUCUCCCCUUUACUGGCUCAUGUAAUUUGUCAUAAACCUUAUUUAAUAAUGUUUGGAUUUUUCAUUAUGUUUCAAAUGAUCAAAUGCAGUGUUCAUUUGAAUAUGUUGAUGUGUGCAGGACAGCCCUGUGUGCUUUGCCUUUGUCUUUUUUUUGUGAGCUUACAAUAAAAAAAAAAACCAGAUCCUACAUCUGAAAUGAUGCCGCUAUAAAAUAAAUAUAAAUGCUUUCAAAUCUG